ACUUGCACAGACAAGUAACAUCAAGUCAUAGCCAAUCACCUACAAAUUCAUGCAUGCUAGGGAUAUCAUGCACCGUCCACCAAAUAGAAAAUUUUCACCUAGAACAAAGUGUGCCUACAAGCACAUCCUUUUCAUCCCAACCACAAAACGGAAAGCCAAAAAGAAAGAAGAAGAAAAUCCCCUUAAUCCCCAAGAAAUGCAGAGAUUUAACUUAGCAGGUCAACAACCAAAAACCGUAUCUCUAGUCUCUAUAAAAGGGCUGGCGGCGCAAAACUUGUCCCCCAAACAAGCGAAGCCCAUCCUCCGAUCCCCAAGCAGAAUUAAACCUCACCUAACCCCUCCCAUGGCCGAUCACCCCCUCACCGGCGAGCACCACCCCUCACCGGCGAGCUCGGCGGCCACGGCCCUGGGCACGCUGCUGCUGCUCCCGUCGGAGCUCCUCCACGAGAUCCUCCUCCGCCUCGCCGUCCCGGAGCUCCUCCGUGUGCGCUCCGUGGCGCGCCCGCUCUCCAGCCUCAUCUCCUCCCCGGACUUCCGCCGCCUCUACCACCUCUCCUCGGCGUCGUCGGGCCCCGGCCCGGCCGCCGCGUGGCUGCUCCUCUUCAAGAAGCUCCCGCCCCGCGACGCCGCCAUCCGGGGCUUCCACGGGCCCUCGGGGCGGUGGUUCCGCAUCCCGGUCUCGGCCAUCCUCGCCCCCGCCGUGCCGCCCGGCGAGGACCUCUACUUCCUCGCGGCCUCCGGCAGCUCCUUCCUGUUCGCCGCCAACGGGCGCCGCGAGCUCGUAGUCGUCGACCUCACCGCGCGCGCCGCGCGCCGGCUCCCGCCGUCCCCGCUCGGGCCACGCGGCACCUCCUCCUGGCGCCGCUUCGGCCUCAAGCUCGUCGCCGAUCCCCCCGGAUCGAACCGGUUUAGGUUUCUGUUUGCUGAGCUGGUGAACAACACGCCAUUCCUCUUCGAGUACCGGUCGGAGACCGACACGUGGCAGCAAUCGGAGGCUGUCCUGGCCGAGGGGGCUGCGCCGGCGGCCCCCGACGGCACCUUCCUCUGCGCAGCGCACGUCGGGCCGGACUGCGUGAUGGUGUACUCCGGCCCGGGCGCGGACGGCGACCGCCCGGUCUUCUUCCGCCCCCGGUUCCCGAACGCUGCCGCGGCGGCGGGGCACGGGGACCGGCUGCACGUGUACGGCGAUGGGAGCGCGGCCGUGGUGCGGUCGGUGGCGGUCGACGACCCGAUGAGCCGGACACGGGUGAAGGUGGUGACGGGCGUGGAGCUGUACGGGUUCGGGUCCGUCGGCGGCGACUGGGAGCUGGUGGCGAGCGUGCCCGGCGAGCUGGUGGAGGGGUUCCGGAAGCCGUACGCGGUGAUGACGGGGCUGCUGGCGGAGCGGGAGGGCGUGGUCCGGCUGGUGCUCAUCUCCAACUGCCGGGGCGCGUGGGACCUGGUGUGGCUGUCGUACGACCGCUCGCGCCGGGAGUGGCGGUGGGUGCCCGUGCCGGACUGGGGCGGCAGCAAGGGGCUCAACAUGGCCGGCAUGGCCGUCUCCUCCACCUUCUCCCGCCUCUGGCCGCUCGCCGCGCCGCCGCCGCCGCCGUCCAGCAGCAGCAGCAGCCACCAGUGAGCUGAAGCUGAUCGGAUCGAUGCGCCGGCGAGUCCGUGCUGUGCUGUGCAUACAGGUGUGUGUGCAACGCCAAAGCGGGACUGCGGGAGUGGGCGAGUGCUGGGGUCCAACGCGGCCGUGUCCCCCCGAUCCCCACGCCACGAUGUGAUCGGGGCUCCGUCGUUUCCAUGCGGGGGUGGUGGGGCCGCGGCGUGAUCCCGCAUGAUAGCUUCGCCGAUGGCGACCAGUCAGUGAGAGCGAAAUGAUUUCGAUAAGGAAUGGCCAGUGGUGUGUGCGCGGUUCUGUUCUGUAUGAUACGAUUGCUACUGCUCCUACUACCCAAUUUU